AUGAAAGAAACUGAUGUGAUUCGUUCUUUCAGUGUUUUCAUGUUAAUCUCUAAAUAUAUUAUUUUUUCUUUCUUUCUCUCUUUCCGUUUUUCUCUCUUUCCGUCUUUCUCUCUUUCUUCAAUUCUUUCUUUCCAUCCAUCUUUCUCUCUUUCCUCAAUUCUCACUUUCGUUCUUUCUCUCUUUCCUCAAUUCUCUCUUUCCAUUCAUCUUUCUCUCUUUCCGUCUUUCUCUCUUUCCAUCCAUCUUUCUCCCUUUCCUCAAUUCUCUCUUUCCUUCUUUCUCUCUUUCCGUCUUUCUCUCUUUCCUCCUUUCUCUCUUUCCUCCUUUCUCUCUUUCCAUCCAUCUUUCUGUCUUUCUUCUUUUCCGUCUUUCUCUCUUUCCUCCUUUCUCUCUUUCCGUCUUUUUCCUUUCCUCCUUCCCCUCUUUCCGUCUUUCUCUCUUUCCGUAUUUUUAUCUUUCCUCUUUUCCCUCUUUCCGUCUUUCUCUCUUUCCUCCUUUCCCUCUUUCCAUCCAUCUUUCUCUCUUUCCGUCUUUCUCUCUUUCUCUCUCUCUUUCCAGCCAUCUUUCUCUCUUUCCGUCUUUCUCUCACUCCUCCUUUCUCUCUUUCCAUCCAUCUUUCUCUCUUUCCAUCCAUCUUUCUCCCUUUCCUCAAUUCUCCCUUUCCUUCUUUCUCUCUUUCCGUCUUUCUCUCUUUCCUCCUUUCUCUCUUUCCAUCCAUCUUUCGGUCUUUCUCCUUUUCCGUCUUUCUCUCUUUCCUCCUUUCUCUCUUUCCAUCCAUCUUUCUCUCUUUCCGUCUUUCUCUCUUUCCUCCUUUCUCUCUUUCCGUCUUUUUACCUUUCCUCCUUCCCCUCUUUGCGUCUUUCUCUCUUUCCUCAUUUCUCUCUUUCCAUCCAUCUUUCUCUCUUUCCGUCUUUCCCUCUCUCUUUCCAGCCAUCUUUCUCUCUUUCCGUCUUUCUCUCACUCCUCCUUUCUCUCUUUCCAUCCAUCUUUCUCUCUUUCCAUCCAUCUUUCUCACUUUCCUCCUUUCUUUCUUUCCAUCCAUCUUUCUCUCUUUCCGUAUUUUACUUAUUCUAA